UCUCUCUGUCUCUUGCUCUCCAUCUCUCGGUGUGACACGCUCACACGCAGACGCACAACGCAUCCAGCAGAGUGAAGCGAGCGCACACCUCACACCAGCUGGUUAAGUUGUCCUCUUCCUGUCCUUCUCCUUUAUUCUCGAGCAGCUCAGCGACUCUUCCACACUCAUCAACCCACCCACCCACCUACUUCCACUCCAGACUACCUCACACAGCUCGUGUCCGUCUGUUUACGCCGGUGACUGCGGAUUUAUCUCCCCUUUCUCCUUUCGAGUGGGCAUGAUUGUCUGACAUUCAACAGAGGAAAUACAAGCGAUUUUUUUUGUCCUCCGAGGCCUCCCUUUCUUUUACCUGCACCCCCCGAGUUGAGAAGAGCAACAGCCUCCGGUGAAGCAUCUGUGAGAUAGAGAGGUUCUAAAGAAGUCUGCAGUCAUGGAUGAGAUGGACCUGCCCCAGAUGAAGAAGGAGGUAGAGAGCCUUAAGUACCAGUUGGCUUUCAAAAGAGAGAAGUCCUCCAAAACAGUGACAGAUUUGGUGAAGUGGAUAGAAGAUGGCGUCCCUGAGGAUCCCUUUCUGAACCCUGAGCUGAUGAAGAACAACCCAUGGGUGGAGAAAGGAAAGUGCAUCCUUCUGUAGGAGAACGCACCUACCCUUUUGCUCCCUUUCAACUUGACCCGCAACACACCUACGGAUGGCCGCAGACCCCCAGGACUUUGCCUCACAACCUCUCACCAUGAAUGUAUAACAGACCCGAGCACGCGCACCCCGACAAGGUCACUCUUAAAACUCACUUUUGCCUGACAUCUUCACUUUUUUGCUGCAGGAUCUCUCUUGCCACGAAAUCUGACAAUUAUCAGUAGUCCUACUAGACAUCCCUAUAUCCGACAACAUACUUAUGCAGCCGCAAGGCAAAAUGUUUCAUUCUGAGUUUUGCAAUUAAUAUUUACAGUACAUGUGGUUUCAUUUACUCAUGAGCUCCUGUAAUACAGUCUACUAAACUUUUAUGCUUUCAGGCAUGUUGAAGAUCUGAUGGCUUGAUUUUCAAUCAGAGAUACAUUUUAAGAUAUACAGUGCUCACUAAUGUUUUAUACUCAAAAGGAAACACAUCCUCUAAUUUGAUAACCGACAUAGUACUUUAAAUUUGCAAUUGCUAAUUAUUAUGAUUAUCUUGGUUCACAUAAGCACUUUAUAUUUUUAGUAGCUCCUUAACCCUUUAUAGGACAAGUGAUUAUUUUUGAUAAUUGCUUUUUUUUCCUGUUUUUUUUUUUUUUUUAAUUUUAAGGUAUGGUCUCAAUUGUAUAUAUACAAUAUAUACGUAUAUUGUUUAUAAUUAAUCAUUAUUGUAUUUUAGAGGAGGCCGGGCAAUGAUUAAAAAUCUUAAAUGUGAUUACCGUAUUGGCCCGAAUAUAAGACUGCCCUGAUUAUAAGACGAGCCCCUCUUUUUCAAGACUCAAGUUUGAAAAAAAUACUUUUUGAACACCAAAUUAAUUUUUAUACAGAAAAUAAUUACAGUACAUCCAAAACAAAUGAUUAUAACAAUAUAUUUGAGAGAAAAAGCAUGUUAUUUUGCCUCAUUCAAAUCUUAAUAUCUGAACAUUUAAAUAUGUAAACUAAAGUGCAAUCACAUUCGGAAAUGAAUGGCUUCUGGUUUUUGAAAUAUAAAUAAACCAAUCUAUUGUGAUAAAACAACAAAAUUUCAAUAACUGCAUUAACCAUCAAAGUGAAGUCUAACUGUGACUGUAGUCUUGAAACAAAUCUGAAUAAGGAAAAACAUUGCAAUAAAAUAAUGCAAACUGGUUAAACUAAAAAGAGUAGCUGAAAUCUGUCAUGGCAGAACAUCGCUUGCUUCAAUGAUAUCUGGCGCCAUCUAGCGUCGUGAAUGGGGAGAGUAGCUGAGAGCUGUCAUGACAGAACAUCGCUUCAAUGAUAUCUGGUGCCAUCUACCGUCGUGAAUGGGUAUAAUGUCUAGACGGUGAAUAUAAGACGACCCCAUCUUUUUCAGAGUUAUUUCAAUUAAAAAAACACCGUCUUAUAUUCGGGCCAGUACGGUAAUAUCAUGAGAUUCUUUGGCAUGCGAUUAAUCGCAAUGCCAUGCAAACCAAUAAUAAAUUCAAAAUCCUAUCAGCUAUGAGGUGUAGCCCCUCCCUACAUGGUGUCCCUUUGUUAAAGGUAGCUUUAACGACUACGUAUAGCCAGUAGCUAAUAUAGUACCAUAUAUAGUCGUAGUAUAUGCAAGUAGCACACUUUGAGUGAGCCUAAAAAGACUAAAAUAAUUAACUAUGUUAAUUAAUUUGUUAGUUAACAAGUUACCUUGGCCAGACAUUUUUUAUGUAUUUUUUAUGAAUACAUGACAUUUUAAAUGAAUAAAAUGUAGAUCAAAAAAAGAAAUUAAAAUGAAUUGUUACAGCCUCCAAUUACACCUUAAAGUUGAUUUUUUAAAUUUCAUAGUAUUUAACUCAUUGCCUGCCAUCGACAGUGAUAGAUGUCCAAUUAAUUUAAACAAGGAGAAAGGCUGUGAAUGCUCAUCUUUCAGUACCAUUGACAUCACUAGACGUCAAAUCCAUUUGAUUUGAAGGGGCGAUUGAUCGUUCAUGUACCCCCCCGAGUCAAAAUUUGAUGUCUAAAGUCGUCAGUGGCAGUCAAUGUGUGGUCAAUGAGUGCCCUUUAAAGAGUAUAAAGAUAGUCAUUUUUUUGCAUUCAUUGCAUUUUGUUCUCAUGCAAAAAAAAAUAAUCAGAAAUAAAAGUCAGAAAUCUGUCAAUGGCAGCCAAUCAGUUUAAAGAGUGGCCUAUAAAGGGUUAAGUUGCUUAAGAUAAUAAACCAUUUAAAAACCUAAGGAAGAUUGUAGUGUAGACUUUCAACUUCAUUCUAAAUCUUUUUUAAGGGUUAAAUUCUAACUUUUUCCCAUCAACUUUAGGGCACCUCUAUAUACGUAAAAGCCUAUUUCUACAAACAUGAACCAGUUCAGGGUGUCCCCUGCCUACUGCCCGUUGUUAGCUGGGAUAGGCUCCAGCACCUCCGCGACCCUCGUGAGGAAGAAGCGGCAUGGAAUGAAUAUAACACAUAACUAACAUUAUGUAAUCUAAACGUGUUGCUUGUUAUUAAGCAAUAAUAAAACAAUGUUAACAGGAACAUUAACGUGAAUUGACUGUUCCAUAUUAAUAUGGCAUGAUUUGUACUACGGAAGACAGUACGGUAAAGUACGGUUCCUACAAUAAAGUAAAACAUUUGUUGUAAAUGUGACCCUCGAUUGCUGUUGCAACUAAAAAUUUGUGUUCAGUUUAGUUUGCAGCUUCACUCCUUGUUGCCAAUAGAUUCAACAUACACAAAAGGCUUUUAGAAGGAACAACAAAUAAGUGCUAAAAGUCUACUUUCAUUAGUUGUGUGCAUACACGCCAUACUUAAAAAUAGCAUGUAUAAAGUGUUGUUUUCAGGCAAUGAUAUAUUUAAGCACCCAAGAAUACACAAAAUAUCCCAUCACAAUACUAAAUUCACUGCCUGGACUAGUGACCAAAAGAGAGAGAGAGAGAAAAAAGCCUUUUCUCAUAGAAUGAAUGAACAAAUGUUUACGAUGACCAUAGAAGUAGACACGUUUACAGCUUCGCCAGUUAUCAUACCACUGUAGUUUGGAGUUCAUACAACUUUUAAAGCAUGGUUUUCCUAUUUAACAUUAUAACGCAUGUUGUUCUUUAGACAGUGUGUGUUUAUUGUUGCUCGGAGUUUCUCUAGGGGUUAAAUUCUCCAUUUGCUCCUCACCUAUCGCCCCAUUGGACAACACCAACACUAGUCAAUAUGCAAACACUCUCUUCACAGCCAUGUACAGUCAAACCCCUUUAACUUAUUCAUCUACGUAGUUGCAGUUUUACUCUAUUUAUUUAUUUUAUUUAUUUAUUUAUUUAUGAUAACUUUUUUUUUUUUUUCCCUGUGGUGAGCGCUGUCGCUCCACUGACAUUUUGGUGUCUAUGUCCCUCCUAUUGACAACUUGAAAAGAAAACUGAAAUGCCACAUCUACUGCCUUUGACACAUUUCCUUAUAAGAAUGUAAAAAUUUGUCAUGAGGUUUGAACAACACAACUGACCUCAACCCUGACCCAACACUUUAAUUUUUGGUUUUGUGUGCAUAAAGAAUAAAUGUGGUUGUAUUAAAACAUACAACACACACCAACACUGCUUAGUAAAAUGAAAGAGGAGGACUAGACUUUCAUUAUAAUCACUUUUUUUAAUGACCCAGUUCCCCAAAGGCUGUUCUGUAAUUGGGUGAAUUUUGUACAGCGAAUUAAUUGCAAGUGUUUAAUUGAAAGUAGUCUAUAAAGUGCUAAUUACCUGAUUGGCUGUUAUUGAGGGUGAUUGACGUCCGAUCCAUUUGAACUGGGAGGGUUGACAGCGAAUGAACAUUCAAAAAACAGAUCAAAAACAUUCUUACUGUUCGAACGGCUUUUAUGUUAUUUCUUAAAUUGACAAUGACAGCCGCUGACUGUGAUAGACUGAUGUGACUGUGCAGCUGCACGAAGAGAGUCCCAGUUCAUUUGGUCGAGAUGAAGACAAAAAUCUUAAGUGUCUCUUGACAUUUAUUGUCAUGCUUGGCUAUUGUGAUAUUAAAACUUUGCCGGCAUCUUACUAACUUAUUGGGUCCCAUUAACGAUGCUAGAAUGAACCAAUGUUCAUUCGCAGCCAGCCCUCCCACUUCUAAUGGAUUGGACAUCUAAUAUUGACACAUUGUCACAGCGGGAGAAAACAGUCACGUAAUUGGACAUCUAUCAUCGUCAAUGGAAUUGAAAGAGUUCAUUUGUAUUUGCCAAAUAACACGCAAACAAGUAACACUUUACAUAAAAAUUACUGGUCAUGUUUAUUCAAUUGUCUAGCUUUAGCAAAUAAGAGGGAAAUGCUGUUCCUACCUAUUUAUUACUCUGUGUGACGACAAAAAAAACAAAACAAAUAAGAGGGUUAAGUCCUGUACCUCCGACAGUUGAUUCACGAAGUGGUGAUAUUUCUUUUUGAAUUACAUCUUUUUUGUUAGUUUAGCUGCUGUGUAGCCUAGCCUGUACGAUUUGACGUAACAUUGAAAUGACCCCACCCCCCACCCCCUCACUGCAUGCGGAGGGAAUCAAAGUGGCUUCCACUGUAACUUCUGAGCUUCACAUGUGUAGCUUUCCCAGGUGCUCUCAAUUGUAAUCUUGAAAUUCUAUGUUUGGUUUCUUUUCCAGCUUCUGAAUUGAACAAACUUGUACACCACUAAUGGAAAAACAAAUGUAGUUUACUUGAGAUGCACAGCACUUAGCUGCCCCUCAUUUGAAGUUUCUUCUUUAUGAUUUCUGUAACUUUUUUUUUCAUAUAUUCAGAAUGUCCGUGUGUGUGUAUGUCAGUUCUAUUAUAAUGUCAGCAUAAACGUGUGGCUAACUAGCUAGCUGCAUAUUCCUUGUGAGAGUGCUUUGGAAUUCCUGUUAUGCAUCAGACGAAGCCCAAGUGUAAUGAUGACAAGCAAUAAAUUCAAAACAUUUUUUAUUGAAUUUUUUUUUUGCAAAACAUUUAUCUUAUUAAAUAAAGUAGAAGAUUUUGAGAGAGGUUUGUUUUUUUUUUUGCG